UGAUUGGUGGCUGAAAGAAGGGGCGGUUAACUAUUCUCCAAUUAGCCACCACAUUGGACACGUGUUUAGCUGGAAGCCGGAAGCAGCGUGGUACUAAAGAGCUGGUACUGAGGAAAGAGUUGGCUUCACUAUGAUAACCCCUGCAUUUGAGUUGGUUCAAGAUGAAGACUUCCUUACUAUAAAUAUCAGGAUUCCUUAUGCCAAGGUUUCGGAGAUUGAUGUUUACAUUGAAGGAGAUGAUUUUAAGUUUUAUGCCAAACCAUAUUUCUUGCGAUUGACACUUCCAGGACGGAUUGUGGAAGAUGGGAGGCAAAAAGCUAAUUAUAAUUCAGACAAUGGUACAUUUACUAUCCGAGUACCCAAAGAGACUCCUGGACAGAAUUUUGAGGGUCUGAAUUUGCUGACUUCUUUAUUAGCACCAAAAGGAAAAAGAUCUACUAAGUCCUUGAUAGAAGAGAUUGGGUCUCCAGAUGGAGCUGAAGAAGAAGAGGAGGAUGAAUUUGAUUGGCAGAUUGAGCAAACUCCUUUUGAAGAUGCUACAGAUGAUGUCCUUAACUCACAAUGUACCUAUGGUUUCGGGAAUUCACAAAAAGGUGUCUUCAACCGACUGCAGGAAGAACUGAAUGAUAUUAUUGAUCUGCGAGAUCCAGACACGACUGCACCAUCAGAACGCACCAAGAGACGUCUGGCUGCUGAAAAUGAGAAAUUUAACCCUGAUCAUUACCUUGCUGAUUUCUUUGAAGAUGACACCAUUCGACAUUUGUUGAAAUACAAGCCCUGGUGGGUGGUGGAGCUUUCUGGAAUGAGUUUUUCAGCAACAGACAGCCUAGAGAACAAAGUCACCUUCAAUGACAAAGAGAAAGAACAGCUGCGAAAGCUGACAAACAAGUCCUAUUUACUUGAUAAGAAAACUCAGCAUCUUGUGUACCUGGGACUGAUUGAUCUCCUCCUGGCUUACUGCUACGAAAUCCGUGUUACAGAAGGAGAGAGAAACGUUGAAUCUGCCUGGAAUAUCAGAAAACUUAGUGGAACCCUAAGCUGGUUUGAGAAUUACACAUGUAUUAAGGAUGUCUUGGUGUCAUUUGGAAGACGGGUUGUGUGUUACCCACUUUAUCGACAUUUUUCCCUGGUGACCAAAGCCGUGAAGGAUAUGGUUGCAGCGUUUAGAAUGGGUAAAGCUGCUGUGCUAAAGUGCUUGCUGGAUAUCCACUCUAUAUUUCAAGAGAACGAUCCGGCUUACAUCCUUAAUGAGCUGUACAUCACUGACUAUUGCGUCUGGAUUCAGAGAGUCAAAUCCAAAAAACUGUCAUGUCUGUGUGAAAGUCUGCAGGCUGCCAACAUCUCCAAAUCAGAUCUGGGCUUUGAGCUGGAGGAGCUGGAAGAAGCUGGACUUCUGGUGCAAGAGGAAGAGAAAACAGACACUACAUUAGACACGGUUCCCAGGCAACCGCCAGCACUCAUUGCAUCCAGCAGCGAUUUCUCACCUGACACAGGAGAAUCUUCGCCAGAUGAGUCUACAAGCAGCGAGCACACGAGUUCAGAGGACUCUAGUGAUGAACAUGAAGGCAAGGAAGCCAUGCCACUCAUAGAGGAACUGAGAUUGGAGCAGAAUGCAGAUGCCGGCACGGAAAUAAAUGAAAAUACAAUGGUGCUAGAAUCUGAUCAUUUAAAAGAGUUUGUAAACACAGAUAUCUCUUCUGGACAGGAUGCUGCAAGCAAACAUUUCCAGAGUGACCAAGAAACAACCGAACAACCUACAGAACGCUCUCCUGGAAAGGGGACAAAUAGGGAGCUAUUGGAGGUGACUUCACAUAAAAACUUGUUGCUUUUUGUAGAGCCGUCAGAGGAUAACCAGUAGUCAGAAAAUGCGUAAUUUCCUCGUCCAUCACUUUCAUUAAAGACAUUGCAGUUUGUGUUCAGUUGAUUGUAAUGGUAUUGUCUCUGCAUUAAUGGGUUGUUACAUGGUGACCGAGAGACAUUAAUGCCGUGCUAUAGCUAUACUGCGUUAGAUUUUAUGUCCUUUAUAAAAAUGCUAUUUGAAGAAUGAGAGCAGAGUAAUGGUAUUUUGGUUAUUCCAGUAAUGAAAAGGAUACUUUUUUAAAAAAAAAUCUUUUUUUGGUUAGUAUUUACACUGUACAAUAGGGGUUCAGCAUUAAACAAAAACAUUUAUAACUAA